CCGGAAUUCAUGCGAAGACUUCGAGUAACGUGCACUCAGUUGGAUUUCCUUGAUCCACCUUGCAAUAUGAUCGUGGACGAAUACGGCCAGAAGAUUUACAUAGUAGUAGUCCAAAAUAUACCCGAAGAGCAAGCUUGUAAACAGUUUGGUAUAUGUCCACCCAAAGCCCUCUAA